AUGUUCGUCCUCGCUGCCGUUGCUCUCGUCGGUCUCGUCAUCCCAAAUGCGGAUCCCGGGGAUGUCAUUACCUUCACCUUCAAGCAGAAGAACCACACCGUCACCCAGUCUUCUCUGAACGCUCCCUGCUCCUUCCUCGAGGGAGGCUUUGACUCCGGCUUUGUGCCCAUCGCCGACGACCAGACCACGAACUUCACAGUCGCACAGUUCCUCGUCGAGGACACCCAGCCCGUCUGGGUGUACUGCCGCCAGACCGGCCACUGCCAGAAGGGCAUGGUCUUCGCCAUCAACCCGGGCAACAACUUCGACACCUUCAUGAACAACGCCCUCGGCACCGCGUCCGCAUCCUCCUCCACCUCCGCCGUCGCGACCUCGUCCGUCCCGGCGAUCUCGACCCAGGCCCCGAGUUCGGUCAGCGUGAUUACCGUGACGGCGACGACGACGGUGAACGGCGCGGCGCAGACGACGACAUACACGACCGCCUCCUCAUCGUCGUCCUCCGCUGCCGCGUCCCCCUCGGGCGCCGCGGUCUCGCACGUCGUCAUGGUCGGCGGCAACGGCGCGCUCGAGUUCACGCCCCGCAACCUCUCCGCGGCCGUCGGCGACCGGAUCACGUUCCAGUUCGCGGACAAGAACCACACCGCGACGCAGAGCUCGUUCGCGGACCCGUGCGCGCCGCUCGGCGCGACGAGCGCGAGCGGCCAGGUCGGCUUCGACUCGGGCUUCAUGCCCGCGAGCGCCGCGGCGGUCGCGCCCGUGUUCACGGUCACGGUCAACGACACCGCGCCGAUCUGGGUGUUCUGCAAGCAGACGAACCCGAAGAGCCACUGCAACGCCGGGAUGGUCUUCGUGCUCCACCACCAGCUCGACGGGCAACACGGCGGCGCGCUCUCACGGGCGCGCGCGGCGGCGUCGUCGCCGCUGCCGUCCUCAUCGGCGCGCUGCUCCAGCUCUGACUCUGAGCUGUUCACGACUUCCGCUUCGAGCGGCACCAGGCGUCUGGACGCCUGA